AUGAAUAGGAUAUGAAGAAUGGCGGAAUGGAGGAUUGAAGCAAUAGCGUGCAACAACAACAAAAUGCCAGUGUAAUGAAUGUGGCACAUAAAUUCGUGUUUCGUUAGCCAUUGGCAGUAGUGUGAAAGAGACAGAAAGAGUGUUGUAAAAACGCAGCUUAAACGAAGGCUUAACGGUAAACUUAAUAACGUUACUUUUUGCAUUGCAGGUAAACACGAAACAGAGAAAGAAGAAGAAGAGGCGUAACAAGGUCAAAAGCUCGCAACAUGCUGCUACUGCACGUUAUGUAAAGCAGAGAUAAAGAUAGAGGAAGCGAGAGUGCGAAAGCGAGAGCGAGAGCGAGACAACGUUAGCAUUGUGUCUGUGUGCGUGGGAGCGAGUGAGCACGAGAGAGAGAGAGGGAGAGAGAGAGAGGCAAAGUGCAUUUGUUUCAGAAUACAAUGUCAUCGAUCUCGGCGCAGGGCGUGGUCGAGCGUGCCUCCGCCGAAUUAUCGAAACGCAUCAACGGACUAGGAUUACGCUCAAAGCAUCAUCAUGGCAGCGGCAGCAACAGCGGCAGCAGCGGUGGCAACAACAGCAAUGACAACGCCUCCUCAAAUUCCACGUCCAGUUCGAGUUCAUCCAGUGGCAAGACCUCAGUAAUGGAGCGUGUCACAAACGCUCUUUGCGGCGGCAGCAGCAGCAGCAACAACUCCAACUCUAACUCCAACUCCAACUCCAAUUCCAAUUCGAAUUCCAACUCCAACAGCAGCUCAAAUUCCGGCGUAGUGACGCCACAAACGCCGGAUAAACCAACGCGAGCUGGUAACCAAAGUGCAGCUGUUUCUCCUGGCGCCACGCUCAUCUCCAUGUCCGUUGCACCACCGCCAGCCAGUUCCAAUGUUCUGCCCGCUCAUCUGUUGCAACAACAACAACAGCAUCAACAGCAACAGCAACAACAACAACAACAACAGCAGCAGCAACAACAACAACAGCUGCAGGCCAUGGCCGGCUCCACAUUGAUCAAUUCAAAUCAUCACAUGGUCAUGGCAGGUGGCGUACCUGCACCACCCGGUGGCAUGCCACUGGGUGCACCACCCACGCCGACCGUCAAAUCGAUUGCCAAGCAGAUGAACAUUAUGAUACCGGCGCCAGGUUCGCCCACCUUUAGUACCAUGGGCAUGGUUGCGGCACAGAAGGUCAGCGCUGGUGGGACGCCAUUGCAGAUGCGUAAACAGCUGCCCAAUCCGCACCUGCACCAUCCGUAUGGGGUGGUAGCUGCUCCCGGCUCAGCACAGGCCUCCCAGCUAGCGGCGGCUGUUACCCAAUCCGCAUUAAUUCUCCACAAGCACCCGCCACACAUCCAAAGCAUCGAUGCUUUGCUGCUCGACGAUCGUUUCCUGAAUCGCUUCUUUCAAUAUUUCUCGCCGUACGAGCGACGUGUACUCGCCCAGGUGUGCAUCAAAUGGCGGGACAUCCUGUACCGCAGUCCACGCUAUUGGUCCGGCCUGUUGCCAACGCUACAAUGUCGCGAGCUUCGACAGAUGCCCGCCUGUGAUCGUGGCAAGCUCUACAAUUCGCUCAUCCGACGCGGCUUCCAUGCCCUGGGCCUUGUGGGUGCCUCCGAUGAGGAUGCCCUUGAUGUGGUGCACUCCUUUCCAUUGGCAUCCAAGCAUGUGCAUUCGUUAAGCCUGCGCUGCUCUUCGAUCAGCGAUCGAGGAUUGGAAACGUUACUCGAUCACUUGCAGAGUCUAUUUGAACUUGAGCUCGCCGGCUGCAAUGAGGUCACCGAGGCUGGACUGUGGGCCUGUUUGACGCCUCGGAUCGUGUCCUUGUCACUGGCGGACUGCAUCAACAUAGCGGACGAGGCAGUUGGUGCGGUGGCACAGCUGCUGCCAUCCUUAUACGAGUUCUCACUGCAGGCUUACCAUGUCACAGAUGCUGCCCUCGGAUAUUUUUCACCAAAGCAAAGUCACAGUUUGAGCAUAUUACGCUUACAGUCAUGCUGGGAACUGACCAAUCAUGGCAUUGUUAAUAUCGUGCACUCCUUGCCGCAUCUAACGGUGCUCAGUCUGUCCGGCUGCAGCAAACUCACCGACGAUGGCGUCGAACUGAUUGCCGAGAACCUGCAGAAGCUGCGCGCCCUCGACCUGUCCUGGUGUCCCCGCAUAACGGACGCCUCGCUCGAGUAUAUUGCCUGUGAUCUGAACCAGCUGGAGGAAUUGACUUUGGAUAGAUGUGUUCACAUAACGGACAUUGGAGUUGGGUACAUUUCGACGAUGCUAUCACUGACCGCCCUCUUCCUACGCUGGUGCUCCCAGGUUCGAGACUUUGGACUGCAGCAUUUGUGCUCGAUGAGGAAUCUGCAGGUUCUGUCGCUGGCCGGUUGCCCGCUUUUGACGUCAUCGGGUUUAUCCAGUCUUAUACAGCUGCGUCAUUUGCAGGAACUGGAGUUGACUAAUUGCCCUGGCGCCUCGCACGAGCUCUUUGAUUAUUUGAAAGAGCACUUGCCACGCUGCUUGAUAAUCGAAUAAUUGCGAAUACGAGCGAACUUUUGAUUACUUUAUUUCAAUCUUCAAAUGUGAAAAGAAAAGUGAAACUGAUUUUGUUUUAGGAUUCAGUAAAACAUUCAAUUCUAUUUGUAUGCUAACUUCUUCUUUUAGAAUGCUUAUUUUCAGUCGAGAAGUUCCUUUUUGUGCUAUAAAAAUAUAUAUUCUCGUAAUACUGUAAAUCCUUAUAUAGUUUUAGUUUUACAAUUUUUUUAUGAUUUCUACUGUGAUUUUAACUGAACUCUAACUAUAUAAGUUAAGUUGAGAGCUGUUUAAGAACCCCAAAGGAUAAUUAUUUAUAUAUUUACAAUAAAGUACAAUACCGAGAUGAACUCUAAGAUAAA